AUGCUCUUCUCAAGCCACUCUUCAUAUAUAGGAAGAAAUGGAGCUGUUUUGCAUCUUUUCCUCAGCUUUACUUUUGAUCUUUUGUUUGAAAUACUCAGCUGCAGCCCCGGCUCUUUUCGCAUUGCCAAAAACAUCCAACUGGAGUGAUUUCUACAUUGCCCAGGAUUACCUUGACAAAUACUACACACCAAAAGGAAGACACCAAGCUGCAGAAAUGAUCAGUGGCGGCAAUUCCAUGACAAGGAAAGUCCAGCAGAUGCAAACUUUCUUUGGCUUACAAGUCACCGGGAAGUUGGACCACAGCACUAUAGAUAUAAUAAAGAAGCCUCGCUGUGGUAUCCCUGAUAUAGCAAACUAUCGACUUUUCCCAGGAGAACCUAAGUGGAAGAAAAGGACACUGACAUACAGGUUAAAAAAAUACACAUCUAGCCUAACUCAGGCAGAAGUUGACAAGGCUGUGGAGAUGGGUCUGAAAACAUGGAGUGCUGCUGCCCCACUGAACUUCAUAAGGGCAAAAACAGGAGAAGCAGAUAUCAUGAUCUCAUUUGAAAAUGGAGACCAUGGGGACUCCUACCCAUUUGAUGGGCCACGAGGGACCUUAGCACAUGCUUUUGCACCUGGGGAAGGUCUGGGUGGAGACACUCAUUUUGACAAUGCAGAGAAGUGGACGAUGGGGAUGAAUGGAUUCAACUUAUUCACUGUUGCUGCUCAUGAAUUUGGCCACGCACUGGGCCUUGCCCAUUCUACUGAUCCCUCGUCUUUGAUGUAUCCAACCUACAAAUAUCAGCAUCCCUUUGGAUUCCGACUCCCAAAAGAUGAUGUGAAAGGGAUUCAGGCAUUAUAUGGGCCAAGGGAAUUUGGAUCCCGAAAGCCUCCAGUUUCACGUCAACCUUUUCCCAACCUACCAACACCAUACAAUCCAGAUCAUUGUGACUCCAAAUUUUCAUUUGAUGCUGUAACAAUGCUGGGGAAAGAGUUACUUUUCUUCAAAGACAGGUACUUCUGGAGAAGGCAAGCUCAACUCACAAGCCAUGUGCAACCACUCAGCAUUACCAGCUCUUUCCCUCAGCUCAUGUCAAAUGUGGAUGCGGCCUACGAAAUAACUGAGAGAGGAACUGCUUUUUUUUUCAAGGGUCCUCAUUAUUGGACAACCCAUGGUUUCCACAUGCAGGGCCCUCCUCGAUCGAUUGCAGAUUUUGGAUUUCCUAAAAAUGUGCUACACAUAGAUGCGGCUGUCUACCUGAGAGAUGAAAAAAAUACCUUCUUCUUUGUAGAAGACGAAUUUUACAGCUAUGAUGAAACAAAACGGAAGAUGAACAAAGAAUUCCCAAAGAGCAUUGAGGAUGAAUUUUCAGGAAUUAAUGGUCGAAUAGAUGCUGCUGUAGAAGUUAAUGGAUUCAUUUACUUCUUUUCAGGCCCCAAAGCCUAUAAAUAUGACAGAGAAAAGGAAGAUGUGGUUAACGUUGUGAAAUCCAGCUCUUGGGUGGGCUGCUGAGGCUAAAACUGCCCAUCAGAGGAUGACAAAUGAGCUAGCCGAUACAGAAACCAAGGAAAGAAUUGCAGUCCCCUUGGUUUUACAUUCAGAAAAAUGACUACAGAGCACCAGGUUAUAGCUCAAAUCCAGUGAAGAAAAGAAAGCAAAUGAAAAUCAGCAAUUCAAGAAACAAACAUAAUAGAAUCUCAGUUACUUUGAUAAUCCCCAAUUCACAGAUGAUAUGACCUGCCCAAAUCAUAUGAAUAAGUUAUUAGAAAUCCUUACCUGAUAAAUUCAGAUAAGAUGCAGAAAUGAUACCAUCUGCAUUCUCCUAUUAGAUGCCAGUCCCUUGUUUCUAUGCCUCUUCUAAACAGCCCUAUGUGAUUUUGUAGGGUUUUAUCCAUAAUUCCUCAUCAAUGGCAUAUAUUAAUAACAUAAUCCUUCAGACGAUGUGAUGUGCGUGGAAGACCAUUCAUGGUUUGUGGCAGAAGUAUGAGUCAGGGACAUUAGUAACAACAGUCCUCAGAUGUCUGACAGUGGCCAAAAAAAAUUGUCCACCAGUUUCCAAAGCCUCUUAAGUCUUCCCCAAUUCAUGUUUCUUUUUUCUUUUCUUUCUUUCUUUCUUUUUUGACUGUUGGCAACUGCCUGGACAAAUCCUUGCAGUUUUCUUGGCAAGGUUUCAAAGUGGUUUGCCAUUGCCUUUUCCCUAGGGCUGAUACAAUGACGGGCCCAAGUUCACCCAGCUGGCUUCAUGCCUCGGGUAGGACUAGAACUCAUGGUCUCCUGAUUUCUAGCCUGAUGCCUUAACCACUAACCAAACUGGCUCUUCCCCAGUUCAUUACCUACAAGAAAAUUGUAAAUCCUCUGUAGUGGCUGUAAGUAUUCCUCAAGACAACCUAUCGUAUUGUCAGUUUGCUAAUUAAAUAAUUAAUUUUUAAUCAGAGGGGCUAUGCUCGUCUCCUAAGAAGAUUGUAAGCUCCCUGAUUCUAACAGGAUAUUAUGUUUCUUCUGAGCACAGGUAGAAAAAAAUACCAUUUCUUGUCUGGAGCCAAUGUACUUGCUUGCCUUUGUGUAUGAUGAGAUGUAAACCCUUCCAGUGAUGCUCCUUUUCCUUUCCUGAGUAAAAGAAUAUUCAAGAAGGA